AUGUUGAUACACGCCUCUGAAGCAGAAACGCUCAACUCGAUCCGUUUGGCUCUUGAACGCGACGAGCAACAGAUUCGCGUCAACGACAGCACAGGCGAGGUCUACGAUAUCACCAUCUCCAGAUCUGCUCCUUAUGCAUCCCCAGUUGUCUCGCGGUCUGUGACGCCCAGCAACGCCAACGAGCCUGCCUUCUCGGGCGCCAACGGGCUCUCCUCACACAGUUCGGCAGGCCACCGCAUCCUCCGGCUACCCCAGCUCGUCAGCAAACGCGCUCACGGCCACCACCAUACCAUCCAGCAGCCAGCCAUCGUUGAAUCGCCAACAAACAACAAUGACAAGCCACUACCCGAUGUACACGAGCUAGGACAAGGCCGCACACGUCAAGAGCAUGCCAAUGCUAGCACCAGCACCACUCCCAACGGCUCGGUCGCCGCAUCUUCAGCAAACGAGCCCAUCGCUCGUCAAGAGGCUGCGCUCAAGUCGCAGUCGAGCUUCACGGCACCAACUCGCCACCAUCCCUUCCUCAGCGAGCUCCCACCAUCUCCUCCCCUCGAGGCAGACUACGUUGCCGGCCACGACUCUCGCAAUGGCCUCAUGAGCACCGUCACCAAUAGCACAUCGCACGUUCCUGAUUAUCCUGGCAAUGGCGCCUCCGCUUCCACCUCGUCCUCAGCAGCAACGGAGGAAAUGAGAGACGUGUCUGCUGCUACUGCCGCCACGACACCGAUGCAGAAAAGAGCACCCGUUGCUCGACGUGCUCACACCGCCGACGCCAGUCAAGCACCUUCCUCUCCUUUCAGCAGCCAGAAAAUUGCGCCAACCCUCGUAGACGAGCCGGGCCUGAUGGAUCACGCCGAGUUCGACUCCUCGCCCCAUCAGCACCAGACUCAACAAUCAGGCGCUAGUGCGCUUCCACCAGCUUCGAGUCCCAAGGACCGUCGCAACGUUUCCAAUGCUUCGACAGCCAGCACUGCGUAUCGCACCGCUUCCUCAAACGGAGGCGCUUCCGACGAUGAAGACGAGGACACUGCCACGAGACAGCGACGCUUCGCUUCCUCGGGGUCCACAUCGUCGUACUUGGGCCAUGGAGCCAACGGCGUGACCGCCGCGCCUGCGAUCCGACUCACCCACGAUGCGUCUCCUUACUUCCACGAUGCUCAGCAAGGUGCCGAAGGAGGCCCGUCGCAAUUGGGCCACGACUCACUUUGGAGUGGCGAUCAGGCAGGGCCAACACUCAACGGCGGCCCACGCCAGCAGAUGGCACGUCGCAACACCACCGGCUCUUCCUUCCAAGGACGACGUUCUCAAUCUGGCAGCAGUUCGGUUCUCUCUGUACGCAAGUCAAGCCGCGACCGUGACUCUACCUCGCCGGUCCCGGGCCAGCCUUGGCUGUCCGAUGCACCUCACUCGCCCACCAUGGCAGACGGCUCGUCGCACGCCCUUCGCACCGGUGAUGCUGCCUUUGACGAAGAGGCGGCCAAGCACGCCGAGCAGCUGCGCAGGGACCGUCGCUACAAGGAGCAAAAGGCGCGCGAUGCGGCAGUGGAAGGCUCGUCGGGUGACAGAGAUGGCGCGCCCAACGGUAUCGCCGCUGGGGCUGGUGGGGUCGUCGGCGUGCUGACACGUUCCAAGACCGGCCGCGAUUGGCUCAAUGUCAAUCCCAGAGAUAAGGAGCGCACCGACCGCGAGCGAGAGCGCGACGAAGAUGUCGAGCCCAAGGUGCUCGUCGGCAAUUUGAUUUCGGAAGGCCAUGCCAACUACGUGCUCAUGUACAACAUGCUUACCGGCAUCCGAAUUGGCGUCUCGAGAUGUCAGGCUAAGCUAAAACGUCCCCUGUGCGAUGCCGACUUUACCGCUAAGCACAAAUUCACCUUUGACAUCAUCGGACGAGAGUUGACGCCUACGGCCAAGUACGACUUCAAGUUCAAGGACUAUGCACCCUGGGUCUUCCGAGAGCUGCGUGAACACUUCCACCUGGACGCAGCCGACUACCUGCUGUCGCUCACGUCCAAGUAUAUUCUCAGCGAGCUGGGCUCGCCAGGCAAGAGUGGCUCCUUCUUCUACUUUUCGCGCGACUACCGUUUCAUCAUCAAGACGAUCCGACACCAAGAGCACAAGUUUCUGCUGCGCAUCCUCAAGGACUACCACGAGCAUGUCAAGGCCAACCCCCACACGCUGCUCAGUCGCUUUUACGGAUUGCACCGUGUCAAGCUGCCGCAUGGCCGCAAGAUCCACUUUGUCAUCAUGAACAACCUCUUCCCACCGCAUCGCGACAUUCACGAGACGUUCGACCUCAAAGGUUCGUCGAUUGGACGUGAGUAUCCAGAGGAAAAAGCGGCAGCCAAAGCCGGCGCGGUGCUCAAGGAUCUCAACUGGCUCAAGCGCGGGCGCGAGAUCGAGUUGGGUCCCGAGAAGCGAGCGCUGUUUGAAGCACAAUUGCGCAGCGAUGUGACGCUGCUGCAGCGGCUCAACAUCAUGGACUAUUCGCUGCUGAUCGGGCUGCACGACAUCCGCCGAGGCAACAAAGACAACCUGCGUCAGGACAACUUGCGUGUCUUCCAGCCCGAGACUAAAGAGCUCAAGCGACAGCCGACGCAGGUGAAGCGGCCCGGUGCAGGAACUGGCAGCGAGCAGGAUGCCUCGGCGCUGCGACAAGCCGUGCGUCGCUCCGACCCGAAAGCGCUCAACGCGCAGCAGGUGACCAAGCUGCCGGAUCGCGAUGUGAGCGAGCGUCGCCACUUCCUCUUCUAUCAGGAUGAAGGCGGCUUCCGUUCCACGGACGAACACAAUCAACCGGGCCACAUGAUCUAUUACUUGGGAGUCAUUGACCUUUUCACGCCGUACACGACGGUCAAGCGUGGCGAGACGAUCUGGAAGGGUCUGACGCAGAACCGGCACAUGAUCAGCUCGGUGCCACCCAAAGAGUAUGGUCAGCGCUUUUUUGACUUCCUGUGCAGCGUGGUCACCGGUGGAGAUAAAAGUCGACGUCCUAAGAUGUGGGGAUUCACCGAGACGGAGACGGCCAAAUCGAAGGGCAAGGGGGUUGCCGAACGCGAGAAGAACAAGGUGGUUGCGAAGCAGCAGUAG